UGGAAACAUUUUGUUCACAUGAAUUUUUGUAUUGUUAGUUCAUUGGCCACAAUCAGGCAACUGUCUCCCUAAAACAUCCACUGCUGAAGUGUGUGAUUGCCCUUAUGCCAGACAUUAAUGCUAUGGAGGAUCUAAAGGAAGUGUAUGUGGGUACAUUGACAGAUAGCAAAUACCUACAUCCUGUCAGAUUACAUUACACACAGGGAGGGAAGAAGAAAAUAUGGGAUAUGAUGACUGUUCAUGAAGGGGUUUCUGUGCUGAUAUUCAACAUCACAAGAAAGAAAUUUGUGUUCGUGAGGCAAUUUCGACCAUCUAUUUACCUGAACAGUAUUCCAGAGGAGGACAGGAAGGGAAUGAUAGAUACUCAGAAGUAUCCAGCCAGUCUGGGUGUUGCAUUGGAGACAUGUGGUGGAAUUUUGGAUAAAGAUAAACCUCUGGAGGAGAUUGCAGCUGAGGAAGUCAGAGAGGAGUGUGGAUAUGUAGUGGAUCCAUCCACUCUUCAGAGGAUUAUUGGCUUCAAAGGGACUCUUGAUUAUGCUAGGGAUUCUCAAACCCAUUUCUACUGUGAAGUAACUGAUGACAUGAAACAGGGUCCAGGUGGAGGGAAUGCAGAGGAGGGAGAACUAAUAGAUGUUGUGGAAAUGUCCAUCCCAGAAGUGAAAGCAUAUGUUGAACAGAACAAUGUCCUCAGUCCACCUGCUCUUCUCCUUACUGUCUACUGGUUUCUGCUCUACAAAGCUCCUCUCUACAGUCCCUAGACUUUGUGUAUUUAAGACAAUCUAUUGCUUCUGCUGAAUGCUUUUGGGGUUUCAGAGUCUGGGAAUGAGGUGAUCAUACCAUUUCAGAAUGUAAUUUAUUUCCACAUUCCUUGCUUACCCUGUUUAUGUUCAUAUGCUGUUUCAGUUGGAAUAUCAAAAGCAACGGCAAAGAAGUGAAGACUCACUCUUCCAGGAUUGUCUUAUUUCCUUGCACAUGCUAUGAUACUAGUAGGAUUUGUAUAUUCUCAUACUUAUAUAUACUCAUGACAUGCAAUCCUAUCAUCGCUACCCCUUCAUAUAGGAAGGAGACACCUUUUACAUUCAGUCUGUAAAGUUAUGGUUAUAUUAUAUAGAUUUUGCUUUGGUCACUUGUGAAAUUGAAGUGCAUCU